GGCAUUGUUGUUGACUCGAUGCUAAGAACUGAAGCACACGACUUAAAUGACUGACGUGGACUUUCAUUGUAACUACAGACAGGAACAUUAAAUAUCUACCAGAGCUCUUACAUUUAUAUUUACAAAGAGGUCUGUCUCGCCUUUCCUUUUGCUGGUUUUCAAACUGUCAACUUAAACCAGCUCUCAAGCCAAGGCCACAAUGAGUAAAAGCAAGCUGAUAAAUCUGAAAGACAAAAUCAAUGGCAACGAAAUGGACCUUAGCCUCUGUAACUUAACAGAGGUACCGGUCAAAGAACUGGCCGCAUUCCCCAAAGCAACAGUUUUGGACCUGUCCUGCAACAACAUCACCUCACUACCUCCAGAGAUCUGCAACCUGACUCACCUGAUCAAGAUAGACCUGAGCAAGAACCAGCUGAGCAGUCUACCAGAGGACCUGGGUCGCCUAAGCAACUUGCAACAUCUGGACCUGUACGACAACAAGCUGGGCAUCCUGCCUGUUAGCUUCUCAGAGCUCAGGAAUUUGAAGUGGCUGGAUCUCAAGGAUAACCCUCUAGAACCACAGCUAGCAAUGGCUGCAGGUGACUGUUUGGACGAGAAACAAUGCAAGCAGUGUGCUUCUAAGGUUCUCCAGCACAUGAGAUCCCUUCAGGAGCAGGUGGAUAAGGAGAGAGAGCGGCGCCUGUUGAAGGAGAAAGAACUAGAGAAAAAGAAGGAAGCCCAGCAGAGAGCGAGAGAGGCAAAAGAGAGAGAGGCUCGUAAAAGAGAGAAAGCAGAAGAGAAGGAGAGGAGAAGGAAAGAGUACAAUGCUCAGAUGGCUUCCAUGGCUGCUCAGGAACAACAGAAGAAGAACAAGGAGGAGAAGAAGAAGAGAAACGGACAGGCUGCUGACAAACAAGCAGUGGUGGACUCUUUCCCAAAAGCCAAACGCUCUCUCAUUGGCCUGCUGUUCAAGAUCGUCCUCCUGAUGCUGCUGGGAUUGGCCGGAGCCAUAGGGGCUUGUCAUCUGACAGAGCUACAGAAGGAACCUGUUUGUCUGCCAAUCAAUGUUGCCGUGGGUGACAGCCUGUCGUGGGCACGGGAGCAGGAGAAUGUGGUCAGACAGCUGGUGCACAAGCUGUCCACUCUGAGUCAGGAGCUACUGGAACGCCGGGCUCCGUCUGAAAACUAAUCGUCUUUCUGCCUCCAUGUCCCCCUCUUUACCAGCCCAUGGCUCCCACUGGCCUUUACUAUGCUCAAACAUGGAUUUAGUCCAAAGCUCACUUUUGAACUUUACAGGACAUUGGGGUAUGGGAUUUGAUUACAGUGGGGGCCUUGCAUUCUUUAACUCGCUGGACUGUGAUGUGUGGGUUGGGAGAAGGGGGGGGGGGGUGAUAAAUUGGAUGAUCAUCUUAAAUUCCUAUGGAAUUGUCUUUGUCCUGGUUCUUCAGUACAAGGUCCUUGUUUUUAAAUCAUGACCUAGUCUAAAAAUGGCCACCUUCUCUGUAUUAAGCAUGUACCUGCAGCCUUACGUGGCUAUGUAGUGCCCUGUGCAGAGCAGCUUGGAGUCGGAGAAGCCCAGCCAAACAAGUGGCCUUGUCUGUUGUGCAUUGAAGUGCCCAGAGCCAUCAGGACCAGAUACAGGACAUUGGUGUGUUAGGCAUGCUAAGUUUUUCCAAAACUGUGUGAAUGUUGAGUUGUCACAUAUUUAAUGAUAACAUCUAACUAACCAUCUACUCUAUAAAGUCUAUUGAUGCCUCCAAGUUUUGCAAUGGCUGUAAUACUUGACCAGGUCCAUGGCUAUAGCAGUACAUUUUUCCUUGCUGAUAUUCUAUCAUGUUUCAGCUAUAAUCAAGAUAUGUCAACAUAAAUAAAUGUUUGUGUGCUGGCCAACCAUUGCAGUUG